AUGUUGUACUGCAUCAGAUUAGAGGACGCACCGACUGACGAGCGUCAACCAUUGAAUGUCAUUUGGCGCCCUUUUCUGGAAGAGUUCCAACGACGAGUUGAGAAUGUUUACAAUGGAAUAUUCGUCUUUCUCGAUAACAGGCAUUAUGCUGAAUGUCGAUGGUUGAGGGAGAAGAGCCGCUUGAAAAUUGCGCAUGGCAAAUGGAACCCAUCAGACCGU